AGCGCACCUGGCGGGCGGCGGGGCGGCACUGCCCGCCUGCGGACGGAGCGGCGGCAGCGCGGGGACAGCGGCGGCGGCGGCACAGGGGACGGCGAGAGCGCUCCCAGCAGGUUUGAUAGCUGCACUGGAUCACUGAUUGAGGCCCCCUUUAAAUUGUAACACUGAAAACAAUGGCAACAGAAUGUAUAAAAACCUGCUGUAAAUGGUGUUUCUGCAUGGACAAGGAAAAUAAUGAUCCAGUUUCCAUGGUGCAGGAAUCUGAAGCAGGAGCUGCAAGCAAGCCAACUAUUGUAGAGAAGCCUCCAUUGUCUUCUGUGUCAGUGAAGCGUCAAGUUGGCUGUUCUGAGGAUUAUUUGCUCUCUAAACUGCCCCUGGAUGGUCAGGAGGUACCGUUUGUGGUCCCUCCAUUCAAACUGGCUUAUGUGCAGCCAAAGAACCUCCCCAGUAUCUCACACGCUGGAGGGAUUAAAGAGUCAGCCAGAGCCUCGUUUGGUGACCGGAAGGCAGAACUGCACAGCGUGUUCCAGUGGCCCCGCUAUGAYGUGUACAACCCCUUCUAUCUGGAGCAUCGCGUUUCGCCAGAUCUCGUCAGGCGCUUCCAGGCUAAAUCAGAUAGCAGGAAAUUAUACGGGUCAGUUAGUGAUUUAAGAUCCAGUGCUCUGCCUGGAUCACUUGAUGUGAGUCGUUCUAUGUUUGAUCUCAGGAGCCCACCUCACCGAUUCAUGAGGAGAUACGAUUCAGUCUCCAGUGUACCUAGCAGUAGCUCUUCCAGAAAAGAUUCACAAGGCAGUAACAGGAGUCUGGAUACUAUUACGUUAUCAGGUGAUGAACGAGACUUYGGAAGACUGAAUGUGAAGUUGUGCUAUGUUCCUUCUGUAGAACAAAUUUGGAUCACAGUUUUACAUUGCAAAGACCUGAGCUGGCCUUCUAGCUGUGGGGAAAAUCCUCGGAUCUGUGUCAAGGGAAUUCUCACACUGCCCAAACCAGUGCAUUUCAAAUCUUCUGCCAAGGAGGGCUGCAGUGACAUUGAGUUUAUGGAAACAUUUGUUUUUGCUAUUAAACUGCAAAGCCUGCAGGCUGUCAGAUUGGUAUUUAAAAUCCAGACACAGACUCCCAGGAAAAAAACUAUUGGAGAAUGUUCCUUGGCACUGCGGGAGCUGAGCUCACAGGAAUCAAGUCAUUGGCUGGAUAUAUCUCCUCCUUCCAAAGCACCUGUGUGCCGUGCUGAACUUCAAAUAGGAACUUGUUUUCAAGCAAUAAACAGGAGGAUACAGUUACAGAUUCUUGAAGCGCAAAACCUUCCUGUUUCAUCUACGCCACUCUCUUCAAAUUUCUUUGUGAAAGUCGGCAUGUUUAGUACAGAAGGGAUGAUCUAUAAGAAGAAGACUCGCCUUCUGAAGUCCACAAAUGGCCGAGUGAAGUGGGGAGAAAUGAUGGUUUUUCCAGUUAGCCAAGCAGAACAAGGAAUUAGCUUUCUCAUCAAACUCUACAGCAGAAGCUCAGUGAGAAGAAAACACUUCCUAGGACAGAUCUGGUUAAGUUCUGAUAGCAGCAACAGUGAAGCAGCAGAGCAGUGGAAAGAUACCAUUGCAAAUCCUGAAAAAGUUGUUGUUAAAUGGUACAGCAUUGGUCCAUCUUGAAGACUGGAGAUGAAAUUUGGAACUGAUUUUGCUACAAGAAUUCAUAUGCUGUCUAAAAUAGUAUCAAUAAAAAGAAAAAUACUGUCUAUGCAAGUUCUUCAGAAGUUCUCCACUGCAUCAUGCCUCCAUGGAAAUAGGGAAAAGUCUGUUUCACCAAGAGAAAUACUGGCUAAAUAUUAUUUAAAAGAAGACUUAGGAACUGGAAAAAGCACUUACUUGAUUUCACAAAAUCUGCUUUGACAUAAAAAUGUUUGCCCCUUUUGGGCUUCACAGAAGCACAGAAAUUCGAUUUUGGAUAGAAGCAGCUUGAAUUAACUGUUUCUCUAGUCGCUGACAUUGUCCUCAUCUGCAGCCUUGUCUUUGGCAGAUUCUGAAGUCCAGGGUAUGGGAUGGGUCAGUGGUUUGAUCCUGGGUACCUCUGAGCCUCUGGGGUUGUUGGCACCAUUUGAUCAGAGUAACAUGUGCCUGAGCAAGUGGGAAAACUGUGGCAGUAGGAGAAGGCAUAAAGGGAAGUACACAAUAAGGCAGUACCCACAGGCUUUUCUAAUCUCCRUUGUGGAUGAAGGGUUGUCCAGAACUCUGACAUGCCUGUAGCUUGAGCAUGCUCCCAUCCUUUACUCAAAACAGAGAGAUGGAGAGAUAAAAGUUUCUCUUAGUGAUCUUCACAAGAGGGGCCCUCCAGACUUGCUCUGUUUGGGUAAAUUCUAGUGGGAAUCAAUGGAAUAGUACAAAGAGGCAAUGACCUUGCCUAGGAUCAGAGCCAGUAUUUUUAGAUUACUUUCUUAUAUAGAAUACUUAUAUGUAAACCACUUCCUAUUUAAUCAACAAUGCUCUAGCAUUUGCUUAUAUUGCCAAAACACAGGCUAACGUGUACAAAGGAGUAAGCAAAGAUUACUGACAUAAAUGCUUUUUGAAAUUAAUUAAAAUGUAGCACUGUAAGGGACUCAGACUUUGCUUAGAGGAUGGGCUGCUACUGUAGAAAUAUUUGUUACAUGUCUUGGAUGCUGAAAAAUUGCAUGUGGGAGUGUAUCUUUAUUACUUGUUUCUAGUAAGAAGAAAUUACCAUAUUUUUUAUUGCAAAUUCUAUUUUUCCAACAAAAUCCUAAGAUUAUUUUUUCUAUUCAUUCCCAUAUUUUCAGGUGUUUAUUCACAGUUACUUUUAAGGGGAGAAAAUACCAAGUAUAUAAUUGAUAACGUAUAAAUCUAAAAGCACAGACCUCUUCGCACUGUUUCAAGUACCUGCUUGAAAAAAUACCUAUAUAUUCCAUUAACUUCACUGCUUACAUAUUUACGUGGCUAUCUGGACUGUACAAAUACGUAUGUUUGUAGAGAUGCUGAAAAAAAAUCUACCUUUCUUUAUAACUUGAAUCCGAUUCCACCAUGGGACAGGAACUGGAGUAGCAGUGAGAGCACUCACUGCUGGAAGGCAAAGGAACAUGGGGAGCAGAGAAAACACUGGAACAGGAAAGCACAUCCUCUUCAAGCAUACAGCUCGGAGCAUCUUUACUGCAAGUUUUUUUGUCUUUGAGUGUCAAGAAAAAAAAUGCAAUCUCUUUAGAAUUGUUUUUCAUCAGUUGAUAAUGGAAACUUUUGAAACUUCAACCAUCCAGAUUUUUAUUGUUGAAAUUCAGUGUUUUGAAAACAGAAGGAUAUUCUCAGGCUCAUACAUGUUCUGCUUUUUGACCAGCCAUUAUAAAAGAACUGAAAAAGGUUUUGCGUGUUACUUGGAGAACAAACAUCUGUUCUAGCUCUUACKGACACUCUGCAAAGCUCCCAGUAGGCCCUGAGGAUCUUGACUGACACUGAUAAUUCCCAGCCAGUUACAGCAGUCAGGAGGAGCCUGGCCUGCUGGGUAAAAUGAAAAAAGGAAGUAGGCUGAACUGAUAUUUUUGGAGUAUCUUUAUUUGAAUACAUGGAUCUUUUUUUAUUCAUUGUGGCUGAACAUUUUAUUCAUUGUGGCAGUAAACAAAAGUGCAAAAUAACUGUUUCCUUAUGUAGUAUGCUGUUCUGUUUAAAAGAGAGGACAGGGAAUAUUCCAGUGUUUUGUAGACUUCAAUUACCACAGCAGUGGUUCUACAGAGUUUGCCGACUCACUGGAAACUGUGUAAAAUGGACUUCUGGGGCUGUUUUAGGACACCUACCCUUCUAAAGGCCUAACUAGUCUCUKUUUUCCUAUGUUAAUAUUUAAUCUGUAUGUUUAUAAUAAAAGCUAUGAACAGAAAAUACUUCUCUUUUUUUUCCAGUUGUUUAUACUAACGUUUAGCAGCAUCUCAAAGUGAAGUUCAAGUCCUACUUUUUUCUCUGAGAAAAUGCCAGCURACGAACCCUUGUUUCAUGCAGUGCUGCUGUAGGGGAGUUAACUGCUGACAAAUGGAGGAAACAAAUAAGGCUUCUCCGAGCAAGAUGCACACAGGUACUACAGCACUCUGAAGAACGUACUGUGAAGCACUGRUUCAUCCUGUGCUCAUUCCCAGGCUUUGGCAUGUUCUGCAUUUGUAUGCAUUCAUGUGAGAAUUCAAUGAGUUCAUAAUAUUUGGCUGUUGUCAAACAGUUGUGUUCAUUUCCCUGUCACAUAAAGCACUUUUUAUUGGUGAUUCAUUGGUUCUAGAGCUUAUUGGUAUGGUUGUUAUGUUAGAUAACAGUCCUGAAGAAAAAACAUGAGACAUGGGGAUACACACAUAUUCCCAGCACCAGUCCCUGAGUAAAACUGCCUGUAAAAUAGGCUGUUCCAGAAGGUGUCAUUUCCCUUUGACUGUCUUAAAAUGCAAGCUACAAAUCAGCUGGGACAUCUUGCCUUUUAAAUGCAGAAUAUUAUGCUUUACUGCUUAGUGAGUGCCUCACUAUAAAUAUAUGUGAGACUUUAGCUCCUCCAAAUUCAGCUCCUGGCUUAUUUGAGACUAAGGCAGUUUUCCAGAAAACAAAAAUGAUGCAUCAUUUGAAGACCUAUCCAUGAUAUAAAUUACUAAGGAACUUCAUGUACUCCAGGAUACAUGCAAGAAGAAGGAAAAAGAGGUGUCCUGGAACAUUCUUCUACUGGUCACAGCUGUAUGUUGUCCCUCUAAAGCAUCUUCAGCCACUACUUCAGUUGUUACAUCCAAGUUUACUGUCAUUUAAAAUUCUGUUAAAGCUGUUUUGUCAGUUCACUUUAUUUGUAGAUAAAAGGCACACAUGGUUUAUAGUUGCAUUUGCUCUUGCUUCUAGUUAGUGACUCACCCAWCUUCCUAACCUAAAACAAUUCUGAUGAAAGCAGCAGAGGUUCAGAGCUGCACCGUUAUAUUUUAGUCAGAUCCCAAAGGGAUGUGGAUGAACUAGAAGAACAAUUAUGACCUUAUAUUAAAUGUUAUUCAUAAAGAGAUCUUUGCCUGCAUGGUUAGAAACCAACUACAGACUAAACUUGAUCAGAUUUUCCAAAACGUGUGUGCAUAAUUUCACUGGUUAAUCAAACAAUCCUGUUUUAUUUAUUUAAGUCUAAUAGCAUUCUGUAUGUAAAUGAGGUCAACAAAUUUAUUUUUCAAGUUUUUAUGUCUCAAUGGCCYGGUAUGGCAAGAUAAGUGGGUGUAACAGUUUCUAAACAACAUUAUCAUACUAUGUUAUUUGGAAAAUAAYUGUAUUUGAGUACCCAAUCUUGUGUGAUCACAACAUAAAUAGAGCCAUGUGGUUAAAUCCAUUCAGCAUCUCUGUUUUYUCCUUUUGUUGGCAGAACAUCUGUAUAAAACAAAAGGUGAUUUUGUAAGCAUUCAAUUAAGUACAUAUGCCGUUUGACUUAAAAAUUGUUUGCCUGAUGAAAGUUCCUUUUAGAGUUACCAGUUGAUUUUCCAGUCAAAACAUAAAGUUGUCUAGRAGUUUGGGGCAGGGUUUUCCCACAUCUUAUUUUCAUCCUGCCAMCAUACGUUUGACAUGGCUGCAUAGUUGCAGAAAGCUUGGCAUAAAUCACACUGGACAUGAUAUACCCUCCUUAUUUUUCCAGCUUCUGCUGCAAAAUUACAUCACCAUGUAAAUACAGCCCUGUACAUGAUCUCAUGCUUGGUGCAUGGAAAAAGCCAUCACUAAAAUCAGCACAAUGUGUAACAAACACUGCUCCAGCACAUGUAGGUUCUUUUCUCUAGCUUGUGAUGAGGAACAGGCCAUUGUCUCUCAAUCCAUGGCAGAACUCCCACUGUGUUCAGCAGAAGCAACCAAUUUUCAAAGCUGGUUUMGUGAUGGUAUAAUUUAUCUAACAAAGGAUUACACACAGCCUUUUCCUUUUUCAAUCUAUUUUUAAAAUAGAGUAAUAUAUCUUCACAGUGAUGUUUCUCUAGAAACUGAAUUUCAUGAAAGUGGAUCUUGGAUCUGCUUCUCUUAAUGUAAUGCAAUUCUUCCCAUCAAUUUCAGA